AUGGCAUUUAAUGAUUCAGGUUAUGACCAAGAUAGAAGCAUCCACAACAACAGUCAUCUGCAAGAGUCCAAUCAAGAAAAUACAGAAAUGAAAUCCAAACACGUAUCGUUCAAGCCAUCAAGAGACUUCCAUACAAACGAUUAUUCUAAUAACUACAUUCACGGCAACUCGCUACCACAGCAAAAUGUCACUAAUAUCGAGAACAGAGUUGAUGGGUAUCCAAAACUACAGAAACUGUUUCAAGCAAAAGCCAAACAGAUUAAUCAGUUUGCCACUACACCAUUUGGUUGUAAAAUCGGCAUAGAUUCCAUCGUUCCAACAUUAAACCAUUGGAUACAGAAUGAGAACCUAACAUUCGAUGUGGUGAUGAUUGGUUGCCUAACGGAAAAUCAGUUUAUCUACCCGAUUUUGACUCAACUUCCCCUGGAUAAAUUAAUCUCGAAACCGGGCUUCCUCUUCAUCUGGGCUAAUUCCCAAAAAAUUAACGAGCUGACGAAACUCUUGAACAACGAAAUUUGGGCCAAAAAGUUUAGAAGAAGUGAAGAGUUGGUCUUUGUCCCUAUAGACAAGAAAUCGCCAUUUUAUCCUGGUUUAGAUCAAGACGAUGAAACAUUGAUGGAAAAGAUGCAAUGGCAUUGUUGGAUGUGUAUUACAGGUACAGUAAGAAGGUCUACGGAUGGCCAUUUAAUUCAUUGUAACGUGGAUACCGAUUUGAGUAUCGAAACGAAGGACACCACUAACGGCGCUGUGCCAUCGCACCUAUACCGUAUUGCAGAAAAUUUCUCUACUGCCACUAGAAGAUUGCAUAUCAUCCCCGCAAGAACGGGAUACGAAACCCCUGUGAGAGUAAGGCCAGGUUGGGUUAUUGUGAGUCCAGACGUUAUGUUAGAUAAUUUUUCACCCAAGAGAUACAAGGAAGAAAUCGCUAAUCUAGGAUCUAACAUUCCAUUAAAAAAUGAAAUUGAGUUGUUAAGGCCAAGAAGUCCGGUGCAAAAAGCACAAUAA